CAUAAUCCAUAAAUUCAUUUUAGUUACCCUAGAGUCUCGCUUUCUUCAUUCUUCCUUCUCUAUCGAUUUCGAAAGGACCUUGUUUUCCAGCUAAAGGCAUCAGCUUCCGCUUCCACCCUUCGCUAAGGUUUGAUUGGGUGCUCAAGACCUUCUUCUUUUCUGAUGACAAGCGCUUGGACAAAUAUGAGCUUUGCAAUCAAACAUAGGGAUAUAUAGAGGGAGUGGGAGAAACGGGUUGGAGUUGUUAUUUUUUUAUAUAAUUGGAGAUUCUUGCUCACUCUCAGAAGAUGUAUGCCUGCUUAUAUUCUGGAGAGGAUGAGGAGAUCAAAUUUUAUUUCAAAAUUGUUAUAGCUUUGGAGCAUCUUGGAGCAAAUGAGCAAUGGAGCUUGUGGAGCACCGCUCACCUCAAGGAUUGCUCACUUGAGGAACUCUAUAACUUCUUCAACCAGAUAUGAGUGGUCGCUUUUCUCGCACAAUUUAUGUUGGUAAUCUGCCCUCGGAUAUAAGAGAAUCAGAAAUAGAAGAUUUAUUCUACAAGUAUGGCCGUAUCAUGGAUAUUGAAUUGAAGAUUCCACCCCGCCCUCCAUGUUAUUGCUUUGUUGAGGCUAUGGUGGUGGAGGUGGCGGUGGUGGUGGUGGUGGUGGGGGCCGUUUUGGGGUAUCACGCCAUUCUGAAUACCGAGUUAUUGUUCGUGGACUUCCCUCUUCUGCAUCCUGGCAAGAUUUGAAGGAUCAUAUGCGAAAAGCUGGUGAUGUAUGCUUUGCUGAGGUUUCCCGUGAUAGCGAAGGGACUUUUGGCAUUGUUGAUUACACUAAUUAUGAUGACAUGAAAUAUGCUAUUCGGAAACUGGAUGAUACUGAGUUUAGAAACCCUUGGGCAAGAGCUUAUAUUCGGGUGAGGAAGUAUGAGGGUAGUCGUUCAAGGAGCCGCAGCAGAAGCCCCAGCAGGAGUAGAAGUCCUAAGAGGGAUAGAAGUAGAUCAUUGGAGCGAUCUCUGUCUAGGUCACGUUCUAGAUCCAGAUCCGCAUCCCCAAUCAAGGCUUCAAGGCCAAGAUCACGAUCGCGAUCUGCAUCACCACACCAGGUGCUAUCAGGAAGUGCUUGAUAUUCCCCCCAAACGCCGAGGUUCUCUGGUUUUACUGCCCCAGAAUCAGUCAUAUUUAUAUUUGGGGUGUUGGUUUAAAUUGUUUUAAUGGAAAAUAUUUCUGUACCAGUUUGCUUUAUUGGUCUUUUAGAGAUAAUUCUGUAGGGCAUAUACUUAGAUAUUCUGCGAGUAUUUCGGGUUUUUCUUCGUUUAACGUGAAUCUUAUGUUAGACCAUCCGUGUUAAACCAGCAAUGAGCAACUUAUGACUUCAUAUAUUCCAAAUUGUGACAGUUCAUUUUGUAGUUA